AUGCCGGAGGUGCCCCUGCGCCGCGUCCUCUCCGUUAGCAGCGAGGAUCCGCGGUUCCAGCCUCCAACCUGCUGCCAGCCGGACGAGGGAGGCCGAUGGCUCUCGGCCAAGGGCGGGGAGAAGCAAAUCAGCGUCGUGCUGGAGCUGGCAGAGCCCAAACCCAUCCACAGCCUCCAUAUCGGCAACUGCGGCUCAGCCUUCGUGGAGGUGCUGGUGGGGCUGGCGGGGGGCGACUACGAGGUCCUAGUGCCCACCGCCGCUUUCCUGUCGCCCAAUGAGAGCCGGGCAGGGGCGGAGCUGAAGCGGGUGCGGCUCUUCGGCGCCCAAUCGCUGGUGAAGGGCGUGGCUGGGAAGAGCUGGGAGAGGCUGCGGUUGGUCUGCAGCCAGCCCUACUGCCAGACUCGUCCCUUUGGCCUCUCCUUUGUCAGAGUCUUCUCUCCCCCUGAGGACAAGGAAGAGACCCCGGUCCGACGCCUGGGACCCUUCACCCUGAGGGAGGAGGGGGGCAGCCCCCCACGACCCCCUGGCUCCCUCUUCUACCAGAGACCUUCAUCCCCCGCAGGUGCUGGGAGGGGUCCUACCCAGGCCUCCCCUGGUCCCAGCUAUGCAGCAGCUGCCCUGCAGAGCAGUCCCAAGGCCCCCAAGCGCCGCCUCCCACCCCCCAAAGCCAAUGGGACCCCCCCCGGCAAGCAGCCGGCGCCUGGCCCUGGCCCCAGCGUCUCAAGCCCCGCCCCCAAGGUGGCCAACUCCGCCCCCAAGGCCUCAAGCUCCACCCAGAAGUCCCCCAGCUCCACCCUCAAGGCUCCAGGCUCCACCCCCAAGGCUCUGAGCUCCACCCCCAAGGCUCCAAGCUCCUCCCCCAGGGGCUCCAACUCCACCCCCAAGGCACCUGGCUCCGCCCACAAAGGCUCGAGCUCCUCCCCCAAGGGCUCUAGCCCCGCCCCCAAGGGCUCAGGCCCUGCCCCCGUGCUGGGGGGCGUGGUCUUUGCCCUGAGUGGCUUCGAGAACCCCCUGAGGAGCCAACUGCGGGAGGCAGCCCUGGGGCUGGGGGCAACCUACAGCCCUGAUUGGACAGAGGCCUGCACCCACCUCGUCUCUGCCUUCCCCAGGACCCCCAAAGUCGCCCGGGCCAGGGCCCAGGGCGGGGUCGUGGUUGGCCCCUCCUGGAUCUGGGAGUGCCAGAAGCGGCAGCGGCGCCUCCCCUGCGGCCCGUAA